UUACUAUCACUGUUACUAUUUACUAUCACUAUUUAUAUCAAUAUUACUAUUUAUUAUCCUUUUUUUAGUUUCAGAUAUUAAGACUGAAAAUGAGUACAGGAAUUUAACUCCAAAACAAAAAGUUCCUGAAGGAAUGAAACCAUGUGGGAAUGUGUCUAGCAGAUUUGAAAAUGAUAUAAACCAGUCUGCUAAGUGUGGAGAAACUCAAAAUUCAGAAGAAUCUUCUGGAUGCUCCAGGGAACAUAAACAACCUACAUGUGAUGAAAAUGGAGUGAGUUCGACUGAGAACUCAGAUCAUGCUGAAAAGAGAACCUGUCCAAGAGAAAAAUCUUAUGAAUGUAAUGACUGUGGAAAAACUUUUAAUCAGCAGUCAUGCCUCAUAGAACAUAAGAGGAUUCAUACUGGUGACAGGCCCUACAAGUGUGAGGAAUGUGGAAAAACCUUUCAUGGGAGAACUGUACUUAUUCGACACAAAAUAAUACAUACUGGAGAGAAACCAUAUAAGUGUAAUGAGUGUGGCAGAGCCUUUGGACGGUGGUCAGCUCUUAAUCAACAUCAGAGACUUCACUCUGGAGAAAAACACUAUCACUGUAAUGAAUGUGGCAAAGCUUUUAGCCAGAAAGCAGGCCUCUUUCACCAUCUCAAGAGUCACACAAGAGACAAACCUUAUCAGUGUCCUCAGUGUAAUAAAAGUUUUAGUCGACGUUCCAUACUCAUUCAGCAUCAAGGAGUUCACACUGGUGCGAAGCCCUAUGAGUGCAAUGAGUGUGGAAAAGCUUUUGUUUAUAACUCAUCCCUUGUUUCCCAUCAGGAGAUCCACCACAAAGAAAAAUGCUAUCAGUGCAAAGAAUGUGGGAAAUCCUUCAGUCAGAGUGGCCUUAUUCAACAUCAGAGAAUCCACACUGGGGAGAAGCCAUUUAAGUGUGAUGUAUGUCAAAAAGCCUUUAUUCAAAGGACAAGUCUUAUAGAGAAUCAGCGAAUUCACACUGGAGAAAGACCCUAUAAAUGUGAUAAAUAUGGGAAGGCUUUUACUCAAAGAUCAGUCCUCACAGAACAUCAGAGAAUCCACACUGGAGAGAGGCCCUAUAAGUGUGAUGAAUGUGGAAAUACCUUACGAGGAAUCACCAGCCUCAUUCAACAUCAGAGAAUCCACACUGGGGAGAAACCCUACCAAUGUGAUGAGUGUGGCAAAUCCUUCAGGCAGAGGAAGAAGAGUGGCUACAAGGAAAUACUUCUG